GGCCACACAAGGCUGGUUGGUUGGUGUCGUCUUGCCUUGCCCCCUCCUCACCAAAAGCACCCCUUCCGUCUCUCUUCUCUGCUUCCGCGCCUCCGCUCUCCCCGCAGGUGCUCUCGUCACGCGGCGGCGGCGGGGAGGGAGAAUGGCGGCGCCCCGGGCAGUGCCGGCGUUCGAGAGUCUAGCCGGGAUCCGACCCCUCGCGGAAUCCGGCCGCUUCAAGGCAUGGUUCCUGGACCAGUUUGGUGUUCUUCACGACGGGAAGAAACCCUACCCUGGCGCCAUUCUUGCACUGGAGAAGCUUGCUGGGUUUGGAGCCAAGAUGGUGAUAAUCAGCAACUCCUCGAGGCGGGCGUCGGUGACCAUGGAGAAGCUGGGGAGCCUCGGGUUUGACACGUCUUGUUUCCUCGCGGCGGUCACUAGCGGGGAGCUCACGCAUCAGUACCUUCAGAAGAGGGAAGACCCAUGGUUUGCAGCUCUUGGAAGGAAGUGUGUCCAUCUUACGUGGGGCAGUCGAGGUGCAAUUUCUCUGGAGGGUCUUGGUUUGCAAGUUGUGAGCAAUGUUGAUGAUGCAGACUUCAUACUAGCCCAUGGUACUGAAGCCCUGGGUUUACCUUCAGGUGAUCCACUUCCCAAAAGUCUUGGGGAGCUUGAGCAGGUUCUAGUGCUUGGCAUACAGAAGCGACUACCAAUGGUGGUAGCUAAUCCAGAUUAUGUCACUGUUGAAGCUCGAGACCUGUGUGUCAUGCCUGGCACUCUGGCAGCAAAAUAUGAGAGUCUUGGUGGUGAAGUAAAAUGGAUGGGGAAGCCUGAUAAGGUUAUCUAUACAUCAGCAAUGUCCCUAGCAGGUGUUGAAACCCAUGAAUGUAUCACUGUGGGGGAUUCGCUGCACCACGACAUUAAAGGCGCAAAUGGAGUAGGAAUGGCUUCUGCAUUCAUUACUGGAGGGAUCCAUGCGUCCGAACUUGGGCUCGGUGAAUUCGGAGAAACUGCUGGAGAUGAUACCGUCAGUACAUUGUGUUGCAAGCAUAGCGCAUACCCAUCCUAUGUUCUGCCUUCAUUUACAUGGUAGAAAUAUGGUUUAGAUUCAGGUACAUGCUUUACACUGGAAAACAUUUUAGAAUAAUGAUACCCUUUGGAAUUGUCAAAAUGAGCAUAAAGACUGUGGAGGUGUUUCUGUGCAGUGCUAAAUUGUUAUGUAUUUUCGGAAAUACAAUCUCUGCUGAUUUGAUUGAUAGAAACUGCAUGCGACUAUGUGCUUUCUGGA